GCACACACACCAACAGCCAACACACACUCUGGCAGAAGCACUUACCACACUGGCAGGCGCAGAGCUACGCACACACAGCUUCAUCCACCAGCUAUAAGACAAUAGGCAGUUCCAGCUGAAGGACAUAAAGCCAAGCUUAGAGCUCCAGCAUGGAUGUACUGAAGAAGGGAUUCUCCAUCGCUAAGGAGGGAGUGGUGGCCGCUGCUGAGAAAACCAAGGCCGGGGUGGAGGAGGCAGCUGCCAAAACCAAGGAGGGGGUCAUGUAUGUGGGCACAAAGACAAAGGAAGGUGUUGUGACAAGUGUGAACACAGUUGCCCAGAAAACAACUGAUCAGGCGAAUCUUGUGGGUGAGGCUGCUGUGGCUGGAGCCAAUCAGGUGUCAGAGAAGACAGUGGAGGGGCUGGAGAGUGUGGUCGCAUCCACUGGCCUGGUCAAACCGGUGGAGUUCUCGAAGCAAGAGGGAGCUGCAGAACAGCCUGCAGAUGCAGGACAGUAGGGUGAUGUUGUGAUGAACGCCCGUUGAUGACGCCUGCCGUGAUGCUCUGCUUCUUUGCUGAAGAGGAGAGAGCUAAUUAGCUGCUGGCCAUGCUUGAAUAUUAUCAUUGCUAAACCCCUGAUGGACACAAAAUAAUAUCCUACUUCACAGAAAACAAAUAAACCAUGUUUUUCUCUUUCUCUUCACAAACAACCUCGACUUACCUCAAGUUUACCUCCUUCCUUCACACAGACAUAUAACAUAUACAGAGUUACUCAUGUAAAAUCUGUUUAUUAUUUAGCUAUGUGAUAUUUACCUAUAGUGUGCAAUGCACCUAAUUACCACAUUUGUGACAAUAUUACAUGCAUGUGCUUGUGUUUUGGAAAUUCUUAUAAAAACAAAGCCUGUCUUUCUUGCCUGCCUUUAAAACAGGUGUCUACCAGUUUUCCUCCAUCCAGUACAAUGAGGUUACUUGGAUUAGAUGGAUUAUAAUUAUUUCAGAUACAAAAACAUUUGAGUCUAUGCACACUGUCAAUCUAUUGUCAACUGUUGUUGCUUAUUACAUCGUAGACAAUGUUUGAGACCAGGACCAGAAGACAGAUCGUGAAGCUAUAGUUUAAGGAAUAUUCAGAGUUCAAUAUAAGUUAAGCUCAAAUGACAGCAUUUGUGGAAUAAUAUUGAUUACCACAAAAAAUUAUUUUGACUUGCCCCUCCUUUCUUUAAAAAACACAAAAAUCUGGGUUACAGUGAGGCUCUUACAAUGGAAGUGAAUGGAGGCCAAUAUAUAAAUGUUAAAAUGCCCACUGUUUCAAAAGAUUAGCCACAAGACAUAAACAAUAUGCGUUAACAUGAUUUUAGUGUGAUAAAAUCAGUUACUAACCUUUUCUGUGUAAAGUUACAGCCAAUUUUACAACAUUGUUGCCAUGACGAUGUAAUGUCAACAAACCAUAAAACAACAACUUUAUAGCUUAAAUAAUACAUGCGUUUUGAUAGAAUUAAUGUAAGUGCUUUUAUAAAAUUAUGAGCUUCAUAUUUCUGCUUUUAAACCCUCCAAAAAUUGGCCCCCAUUCACUUCCAUUGUAAAUGUCUCAAUGUAACCUCAGUUUUUGCUUUUUUUAAUUUAUUUGUUUAAGAAAAGGAAGGAUGUUUAAAAAUAUUUUGUUUUGCUAAUUUCCAUUUUGUCACAAAUGCUGUCGACUAGCUCAACUUGUAUUGAACCCAGAAUAUUCCUUUAAGUCUGUUUAGGUAUUCUUAAGUAUUAUCUUUAUUAAUCAGUAUUAAUUUAGUGAUCAGUAUUGUAUUAAGGCUUUGAUCAUGUUCUUUUAUGUACAGUUGUUUGCUAAUCAAAAUAUGCAGGUUGCUAGGUUUCAGAUUCGUUGAUGUCUGUGGAAACCAUGCAUGCUGCCACAUGAUUACAUUAAUUUUAACAAGCUCAUAAAAUUCAUGUACUUGACUCAUUUCUCUUAAAGUCUGAAAAGACAGCUGAUUUAUUUUUAAAUACUCUAUCUGUAAUAUAUUCAGUUUUUUGAAAAAUAAAAUAAAAGUAUUA